AUGGAUUCACAGUCCAGCAUGGAAAAGGCCAGGGUCCUGGUCGUCGGUACGGGCGGUAUCGGCACAGUCUCGGCCUACUCCUUGGAGAAGGGUGGCCAGGCCAAGGUGACAGCUGUGAUGCGCUCAAACUAUACCGCCGCCGUCGAGAAUGGCAUUGAUAUCGACUCGGUUCAAUACGGCCAGGUCAAGGCCUGGAAGCCAACAGCCAUUGUAAAUGCCGUCCCCGACGUAUCCAAGGGCGAUGUCCCAUCCUUCGACUACAUCAUCGUGACAACCAAAAAUAUCCCCGAUGUACCUCCCACGGUCGAAGACCUCAUUGCCCCCGCCGUGACGCCCGAAAGGACCGCCAUCGUCCUUUCUCAAAACGGCAUUAACAUCGAGAAGCCUCUCAUCCCGCGCUUCCCCACCAACCCCCUGAUUAGCAGUGUCGCAUACACUGGCGCGACUGAAACUGCUCUCGCAAAAAUAUACCACGAUGAUGAUGAUUGUCAGAAGAUUGGGGCUUUCGCAAACCCCCAAGUCCCGAUGGAGGUGGCGGAAGGGGCAGCAAAGCGAUACGUGCAAAUGUACAACCCGGACGGCAAGCUUGAUGUCCUUUAUGUACCGGAAGUCGACAAGGUGCGGUGGCGCAAAAUCGCAUACAAUGGUUCGAUGAAUCCGGUCGCCUCCAUCUUGAGUAUGGAUGUUCCAACCAUGAAAAUGAGUCGUCAUAUCAUCGACGACUUGAUUGUACCUAUCGUCGAGGAGGUUCGGGCUAUUGCUGCAGCAAAUGGAGUUACGCUCCAGCCCGAUUUGAUGUAUGCAGUCACACACCAGGAUCCAAAUGAUACGGGAUUCAAGCCGAGUAUGUGCCAGGACUUUGAAAAGAGAAAUCUUAUGGAGAUUGAGAACCUUGUUGGCGAGCCAAUACGCGAGGCGGAAAAGGCAGGCGUUCCUGCUCCGACGCUGAAGAUUGUUUAUGCUAUUAUGAAGGGGUUGCAGGCGAAGAUUAAGGCGGAAAAGGGAAUAUGGAAGCCCGCAUUUGAGCCUGGGAACCCAUGGGAGUAG